AAUAAAACCCUACAAAUCUCAUUUGCCAUGAACUUCCAAAUCGACAGCAAACAAAACUAUGUCACCCACACCCAAAUCGAAGGAGAAGGAUUUUCAAUGGAGGAGAAGAUCGUCAUGCUAGGAUUUUUUUAUAGAGAAGAAGAUCGUCAUGCUCUUAUCAGAGGUCGAAUAAAAACCCUAGAUUCAUCACCACCACCUUCAUCAAAACCGCAACCAAAUUCAGUGCUGGAAUUGAAAACAGAAACACAAUUACAAUCAUGACAUACUCGGACAUUUUCAAACCCACCAAUUUCGAUCCCGCUCUGGUGCAAUGGAAGGGAAAAACAGGUGCAAGUUGCGGCUGGUUCAUGCCACUAAUAAAGGAUUAAAGCUUACUGAAAUUCUGCCACUGCUACCUGAUAUUGACAGAGAGAAAAGGUUGACUUGGAGGAUAUGCUUGUUGAUGAGAGCCAAAGACAAUCGAAAGAACAAGAAGGAUCUGCAAGUGCAUCUGAUGAUGACGAUGAAAGACAUGAUGCUGCUGAUGAAGAAACUGACGAAGAUGACAAUGCUUUCUUUGUUGCACAGGAUUUCCUGUCAACAAGUUCAUUUAGGAGCAGUGGUUCUGAGUUUCAUAGAUCAUCCUUUGACUCGGAGGAUAAAGAGCUUUGUGUUGUGGAUUCUUUAGAUAGCACAGAUGCUUCCGUUAUUUUUGUUGGGAUUAACUAUAUGCUGAGAAUGAACAUAAAAUUGAAGAAACGAUGAGAAAUGGUAUGGAACAGGAAGCAGGAGAAGAAAAUAAUCAAAGGCCUGGCAGUACCCAAUUUUCAGAACCGUAUCCUAGAAAACAUAAAAGAUGCAGAAAAUUCUCAAAUCAUCAUCCAAAAUCCUCUUUUUAUUUCUCAGAUACUUAAUCCCACUCAAACCUCAAACCAUAAUCAUAACACGAUCUGAUUGCCAAAUAGAGAAUGGUAUUGCAACUCACAGUGAUGAAGACCUAUCAAAUGGUAGGGAUGGAAAGAAUGGGUGAAGGAGAUGGAACUAUGCAUGACCAUGCUGCUACCAGUAAUGCAAAACAGGUCAUCUGGCCAACCCUGAUGAUUUUUUAAAGGAUCUAGCUCCUUGUAUUUCUGAGGCUGAGAAUAUCAUGCUUACUAGAAUGCCGAAUGCUGAUGAAAUCAGAAAUACUGUUUUCCAAAUGCAGCCAUGGACCUUGCCGGGUCCAGAUGGCUAUCCUCCAGGGUGUCAAAAAUGUGGGAACUCAUUGGUGAUGAUACUGUGAAAAUGGUCCAAUCAUUUUUCCAUUCUAAGCAUUUGUUGAAACAAUUAAUCAUAAUUUCAACUAAAUGAUCCCUAAGA